UGAACACUGUGAUUAACAUCAAAUUGAAUGACGCAUCAAGAACAAGGAGGAUGCUAAGACUUCAUCUCACUUUAAUGCUUGCCAGUGUUCUUACAGCUUCCAUGCCAGUUGGCCGAGAGAUCAGGCUAGUGAAUGGUCCAAGUAACUGUUGUGGUCGAGUGGAGAUCCAGCACAGAGCCCUGUGGGGAACAGUGUGUGAUGAUGACUGGGACUUAAAGGAUGCAGAGGUGGUGUGUAGACAGCUUGAAUGUGAUAAAGCCGUCAGCACUCCUCAUAAUUACUAUUUUGGUCAUGGAAGUGAACCAACCUGGUUGGAUGAUGUUCAGUGUAAUGGAACUGAGAGAUACAUAGAUCACUGCUCACACAGUGGAUUUGGAGAAAAGACCUGCAAAAAUCAUGAACAUGCUGGAGUUGUCUGCUCAAAUAUGCAGAGUCCAACACUGACUCGGAUCUCCCCAAACUCUGUGGUCUCACCUGGAGAAGUUCUUCAGUUCACAUGUACCACACCCAGUCCAACAUGCAUCUCUGUAGACUUCAGUUUGUAUAAAACUGGGACAUUAAUAAAGAAACAAACUGCAGAGAAUACAACAACAUUUACUCUGACUGUAGAUGAAUCACAUCAGGGUCAGUACACCUGUGACUACUCCUACAGGGAAAGUAACUCCACAUCAUCCAGGAGCAACUACAUUAACAUCACUGUGGUCCGAGAGAUCAGGCUGGUGAAUGGUCCGAGUAACUGUUGUGGUCGAGUGGAGAUCCAGCACAGAGCCCAGUGGGGAACAGUGUGUGAUGAUGACUGGGACUUAAAGGAUGCAGAGGUGGUGUGUAGACAGCUUGGAUGUGGUAAAGCCAUCAGAGCUCCUCAUAAUGCCCACUUUGGUCAGGGAAAUGAACCAACCUGGCUGGAUGAUGUUCAGUGUAAAGGAACUGAGAGCUACAUAGAUCAGUGUUUACACAGGGGAUUUGGAGUAGAGAACUGUGGACAUGAUGCAGAUGCAGGUGUCGUGUGUUCAGACAUGCAGAGUCCCACACUGACUCGGAUCUCCCCAAACUCUGUGGUCUCACCUGGAGAAGUUCUUCAGUUCACAUGUACCACACCCAGUCCAACAUGCAUCUCUGUAGGCUUCAGUUUGUAUAAAACUGGGACAUUAAUAAAGAAACAAACUGCAGAGACUACAACAACAUUUACUCUGACUGUAGAUGAAUCACAUCAGGGUCAGUACACCUGUGACUACUCCUACAGGGAAAGUGACUCCACAUCAUCCAGGAGCAACUCUAUUACCAUCACUGUGGUGAACUUGCAACAGCCCAAGAUCUCCUUCAGUGCUGCUGAUGGAUGGUCCCACUAUGGGCCUGAAGGACCAGAAAUGAUCAGGGGCUAUGGCUUCUCCAUCAUCUGCUCCACUGAACCCCAGUAUCCAGGAGGUUCUUUCCACUUGGGGUUCAGUGGAUCCAACAUCACCAGAACUCAGUCAGCUGUUAACCACUCAGCCAUCUUCCUUUUUCCUGAAGCAGAUUUUAAUCAUCAGGGAAACUACAGCUGUACUUAUGAAGUUAGCGUGUCUUCACGUACCUUUACCUCCACUACCAACGAACACGUUCUCAUCUCUAUGAAAGUACCUCUAGCUCCAUUCAUUGGUUUUGGAGUGACAGCAGGACUGCUUCUCACGUUCCUGCCAAUCAUCAUUUGGGUUGUGAUGACAUGGAAAAGACGAAAAUGUCAGAUUGAUAAGAAGGAUACCCAGUAUGCCGAAAAAACAAGUGAGCAUCCACAAGUAGAGAACAAGUCAGACGUCCAACCUUAUUAUGAAUUUGCAGAAGUCAUUGUCCAACAGAAGAAAAGUGGACUGAGGGUGAAGUAAUUAAUGCAAACUAAAAUAAAAUGAUGCAGAAAAACUAAACUAUUAUCCUGAAUGAAUGAAUGAAUGAAUGAAUGAAUGAAUGA